AUGCGGAUACCGCCCACACCAGACAUGUCGACAGCAGCACUACAAACAUUAAUUAACCUGAUGCUCGCACAAGCGCAAGAAUGUGUAUGGCAACGUGCAGCCAUGGAUCAACUGCGCGACGGCACGAUCGCACGCCUGGCGAUCAAGAUUGCCGAAUUCUACGAUGCAGCAUACGAACUCGCCACCAACUCAUCAACACAAAACGUAUUCCCGAAACAGUGGCUCACACACAUGCAAGUCAAGGCUUUGCACUUUAAUGCCGCGUCGCAGUUUCGCAAGGCAUGUGAAUGUAUAUCACAAAACAAGUACGGAGAAGAAGUCGCGCGUCUGCAGAUUGCCAGCAGCCUUGUGAAACGUGCGUUUGAUCUCCUCAAGUCAUUCUUUUCUGGAUCCCCGUCUAUCAGCAGCGCCGUCGUCAGUGAUCUUCGCUCGCUCCAACAGAUUAUUCAGACCAAUUUGGCACGUGCGGAAAAGGACAAUGAUGUGAUUUAUUUGGAGGCUGUGCCUUCACCGUCGGCUUUACCUGCGAUCCAAAAAUCAGAAAUGGUCAAGCCUGUCGCACCACCAGAAAUUUCGGAUCCGGUGGCUCUUAUGCUGUCAAAUGAACGGAGGGCAGAUGCUCCUCCGCAUCCUGUCAUUGGUUUGCCAUUGUUUCAAAAGCUCGUGCCUUUCGCCGUGCAUCAAGCAGCAAGCGUUUAUGUCGAUCGCAAGGAGCGGGUUAUCAAGGAAGAUAUCAUUGCCCGGUUAGAAGAGCUUUCUGCCGUGUAUCAUAGUUCUGUACAGUCACUCAAUUUAUCAGCAACUUUAGCAGGAUUCGAACAAACGGCUGGACUUCCAGGGCCAUUGCGUAACCAAGCUGCUGAAGUACGGAAUGAAGGCGGAUCUCAAGUGCUUUAUGAAAUGUGGGAUAAAGUUCAACAGGCAUCGAGCAAGAACAUGGGGAUAUUGGAGGACGCAUUUAAUGCAUUAGACGAGGAGCAAGAAAAUGAUGAAUCGUUAAGAUCACAAUAUCGAGAACGAUGGAAUCGACCCGAAUCUCAUGCAUUUACUGCACAGUUGGUUUCACAAGGCCAACAACAUCGAUCUACACUCAUGUCGGCACAAAAGGCUGAUCAAAUUGUGUACGGCAAGCUAGAGACGUGGGCCAAGAUAAUUGACGUGCUUGCACUUCCCGAACAAGAUCUGGAACAAUCUGUUCCUGGCGCAUACGACGGUGUAGAGGACGAGGCAGCAAGCGGCAAAGAAGCGAUCGAACAACUACGAGAAUUACUCGACGAAAUGGACGACCACUUGAUUGCACGACGACAGAUCGUGGAUCGUGCUCGAAGGAUAUCCAAUGCAGACGACAUUUCUCCAGUUUUGUUGAAAAAAGCUGCACAGAUCACAGCCAAGUCACCUGUUGUCAAAAUCGAUCCAGCACAAUUUGAGGAGUUAUUUGUGGAUGAAUUGCGUAAAUACGACGAUACUUUGAUGGAAAUCGAUCGGCAAGAUGAACGGCAAAGUCAAGUCUUGCGAGAAAUGGCCCGUGUUCAUCAAGACUAUUCCAAGGCUCGCGAAAAUGGAUCUGCUACGGCAAAGCGUGAACGUGCAUUGCAGAAUUUGAGUCAAGCGUAUCUAAAGUUCAAAGAAAUAAUGACAAAUUUGCAAGAUGGUUUAAAGUUUUACACCGACCAUGCUCGAGGAUUAGCUGCUUUCCGAGAAAGCUGUCUCAAAUAUUGCUACCAUCGAAAUGCACAAGCGGACCAACUCGCAGAGUAA